GCGGGGUGGGUUUGCGGGUGGCCAUCCGCCGCGGCGGCUCCGCUCACUCCCCGACGUCCCUCUUCUUGGCCCUCGCCGCUGGCCGUGGAGGCCUGCUGGGUCCGCGUCCCGCCUCUGCUCCCUGAGGACAUGCAGAAGAGAGAAAUGAGCCAGAGGGACACGCUGGUGCAUCUGUUUGCCGGGGGAUGUGGUGGUACAGUGGGAGCUAUUCUGACAUGUCCACUGGAAGUUGUCAAAACACGACUGCAGUCAUCUUCUGUGACACUAUAUAUUUCUGAAGUUCAGCUGAACACCAUGGCUGAAGCCAGUGUCAACCGAGUAGUGUCCCCUGGACCUCUUCAUUGUCUAAAGGUUAUCCUGGAAAAAGAGGGCCCUCGCUCAUUAUUUAGAGGAUUAGGCCCCAAUUUGGUGGGAGUGGCUCCCUCCAGAGCAAUAUACUUUGCUGCCUAUUCAAACUGCAAGGAAAAGUUGAACGGUGUUUUUGAUCCUGACUCUACCCAAGUACACAUGAUUUCAGCUGCAAUGGCAGGUUUUACUGCGAUCACUGCAACAAACCCCAUUUGGCUUAUAAAGACUCGGCUGCAGCUUGAUGCAAGGAAUCGUGGGGAGAAACGAAUGGGUGCUUUUGAAUGUGUUCGUAAAGUAUAUCAGACAGAUGGACUGAGAGGAUUUUAUAGGGGCAUGUCUGCCUCAUAUGCUGGCAUAUCAGAGACAGUUAUCCAUUUUGUUAUUUAUGAAAGUAUAAAGCAAAAGCUACUGGAGUGUAAGACUGCUUCUAUGAUGGAGACUGAUGAGGAGUCUGUGAAGGAAGCAUCGGAUUUUGUGAGAAUGAUGCUAGCUGCUGCCACAUCAAAAACCUGUGCCACAACCAUCGCAUAUCCACACGAAGUUGUAAGAACAAGACUACGUGAAGAAGGGACAAAAUACAGAUCUUUUUUUCAGACACUGUCUUUGAUUGUUCAAGAAGAAGGCUAUGGGUCUCUUUACCGUGGCCUAACAACUCAUCUGGUGAGACAGAUUCCAAACACAGCCAUUAUGAUGGCCACCUACGAACUGGUGGUCUACCUACUCAAUGGAUAGCAGCAGGGGCUGCCGUGCUGCAGAGCAGGAAAACCAAACGAUCACAGUGGACCAUGGAAUAUUGAAGCCAGCAUGGUGGUCAGAAGACAGUAGUGGGGAAACAUGUAACUACUGUGGCUGAGUGGAAGUUUGGUUUUAGGAAGUAAGGUACUACCACACCACAUUGAUCUUUCAGUGAGGACACCCUGGGCUGCCUCUUAGAGAAUGCUUUGAAAAGCAUUCCUAUCUCAAAAUUGCCAUUUUCUCUACUAUUCACCAGCUCCAGAUUUGUUUUACUGGUUUAUGACAGUCAGAAUAUAGUGUUAAUUCCAUGAGCAUUUUUGGUUGUUUAGACAAAAUCAUUCCUCAGUAUAUACUGUACUGUAAUUUUCCAAAAAUGACAGUGACAAUUACAGAUGACUAACCGGACUUCUCCUGCAGUACUGUAAAAGAACAAGUAGAUCUCGAUAUCCCAGUUCCCUAGAAGGGCCUGCCUGUUACAGUGUUUUAAGUUAUUUGACACCAGUAAUCACUGUGUUUUGACAACCAGUGAAAUAGUGUCUAAAUACUUCACAUUUUCAACAUUAAAAUGUUUUGGUCACAGAUAAAAGGUAUUCAUCAUAAUGUGGACUUUAACACAUCAGAUACACGGAGUUAAUGGUUUUGGACUGUAAAAUAAGCUAUUGGAUACUGACUGACUCAGUGACGUAGAGCACAUCCUCAUACCUUCUCCAAUUAUGUGAUGCAGGAAUGGGUGCAAUUUUGAUUCAUAAUGUGAUUAUCACAGUCUCAUACCUACAUACUAUUUACUCUAAAUAUAGAAAACUAAUGACUUGAAUUUUUUCUGCUUACUUUCACAUUAAGAAUUUCGUC